UAGACUUCAUCUUCUCUUAUCAGUUCUCUCAGUCUGCCAUCGAUCUGGAAUCUGUACUGGGCCUGGUAUCCAUCAUCUCAUCUCAUUCCUUUUUAUCUCUGGCCAACAAUCCCAAACCCCUCACCAUGGAGACUGCCCAGCGGUCCUGGGAGCUCGAGAACACUAUCAGCCUGAUUGAUCCCCAGCGCGACGCCCUCUACCAAUACGAUGAAGAAACACACAAAGCGCUGAGCGCCGAGCGACCCUGGUCCAAGGACCCACACUACUUCAAAUCGAUACGGAUCUCAGCCGUCGCGCUGCUCAAGAUGGUCAUGCACGCACGUUCGGGCGGGUCCCUCGAAGUCAUGGGCCUCAUGCAGGGAUACAUACUACCGAACACGUUCGUGGUGACGGAUGCCUUCCGCCUACCGGUCGAAGGGACGGAGACACGGGUCAACGCCCAGGACGAGGCCAACGAGUACAUGGUGUCGUAUCUCCAGGCGUGCCGCGACGCCGGGCGCAUGGAGAACGCGGUCGGCUGGUACCACAGCCACCCCGGGUACGGGUGCUGGCUGUCAGGCAUCGACGUGACGACGCAGGACAUGCAGCAGCUGGGCGGGCCGUUCGUGGCGGUGGUGAUCGACCCGGAGCGCACGAUCUCGGCCGGAAAGGUCGAUAUCGGGGCCUUCAGGACGUUUCCGAAGGAUUAUACCCCGCCGAAGGAGCAGCAGGAGGAAGACGAGUACCAGACCGUGCCGCUGAAUAAGGCGGAGGAUUUUGGCGCCCACGCUUCCCACUACUAUGCGCUGGAGGUGUCGCAUUUCAAGAGCUCGCUGGAUACGGAGAUUCUCUCGCUCCUGUGGAAUAAGUACUGGGUGGCGACGCUCAGUCAGAGUCCCCUGUUCACGACCCGCGAUUACGGCAGCAAGCAGAUGAUGGAUCUGAGCCAGAAGGUGCGGAAGGCGGCGCGGGGCAUCGAGAGCGGCGGGUCGCGGGGCGGAGGGCCCAGUACGGCCAAGGAUCAACAGCUGGAGAAGGUGGUGCGUGAUGGACAGCGGAUUGUGUCGGAGGAAGUGAAGGGUCUCUUGGCGGCGGAGAUCAAGAUGAAGCUCUUCCAGGGCAUCGGAGAGAACGGCAGCCGCUCGGAGACAGACACUGCAGGUCAAACAUGACCGGUCUUUAGAUGAAAUGAAAAGAAAAUGCAUUACGGACGACGGCAUGACUCUGACACUUUCAAUUUUACUUCGGUUUUCUCCCACAUCUUACGGUGUCAUUGGCGCUUGGUGGAUCGCGGCAUACUAGAAUCUCUUUACUUCGAUGUCC